AUGACUACUCUAGAAAAACAAAAAGAGGAACCCGCAGAACCUGAAAAACAAAGAGAGAAGGAUAUUAAUGAUAAGGAGGAAGUGAAUGAUAACCAAGAAAAUCGAACAUAUGUACUGUCGCCACCCUACAUACCACCAAUUCCAUAUUCACAAAGGCUUAAACAGACUAAACAAGACACCCAAUACAAGAAGUUCAUGAAAGUAAGUGAUAAACUUCACAUCGAGAUACCUUUCACCAAAGUCGUUACCCAAAUGCCAUCAUAUGCCAAAUUCCUAAAAGACAUAUUAACAAACAACCACAAGCUCGAUGAUCCAAAACCCUUAGAAUGCAAUGCAAUUGCUGAAAACAAAUUAGCCAAGAAACAGAAAGAUCCUGGAAGCUUUUCGAUACCAUGUGUUCUAGGAAGAUAUGUCAUAGACAAAGCAUUACUGGAUUUAGGAGCAAGCGUAAGUUUGAUGCCUUUAGCAGUUUGUGAAAGACUAGACCUAGCAGAAAUGCAACCAACUAAGAUGUCCCUUCAACUGGCUGAUCGAUCGGUUAAGUACCUGAUAGGUAUAUUAGAAGAUAUCCUAGUUAGAAUCAGACAACUCUAUAUCCCUACUGACUUUGUCAUAAUGGAUAUUAAAGAGGACGAAGAAAUCCCUAUCCUUCUAGGUAGACCAUUAUUAUCAACUGCUGGAGCCAUGAUAGAUGUAAAAAGAGGUAAGAUGACUUUCAAAGUAGGCGACGAGAAGGUAGAGUUUAUCCUAUCCAAAUUUCUGAAAGCAUCCACCAUGGAUGACUCUUGUUGUGAAAUUGAUAUCAUUGAUGAAUGCAUAAGAAAAUUGGAUAAGGAAGAGCAUAUCGAAAUAAUAAAACUACCUUCGACGCCCAUAACGGAAGACGAUGGAUUUAAGUCAGUUACACCUUACAUUGACGAUAGCCAUAACGAAUGCUUAGCACUUACCCCUGAUUAUAUGCCGAGCAUUAAGAAACCCACAAUAGAGCUUAAGGAACCGCCUAAGAACUUGAGAUACGAUUACUUGAUGAAGAAUUCAACCAUCUAG